CGUCAGUAACCUUCCUUUUUACAAUAGUUUUUGUGUAGUAUACACGUGUUUCUAAAAUGGCACCCGUCGAAAAAGUUAAAAAGUUGGCUAAAAACGACAAAAAAAAAGCAAAGCAUCCAUUAAAUUCGUAUUUGAAAGGCGGAAUUCUGCGUUAUUCAAAAAGCCAGAUGUACAAACGCCAAACUCUAUAUCGCCUUAAAGAUAAGAAGAGCCCAGUUGUCAAGAGAGAAAAGCAGCCAAUUAAGAAAGUGAAAACGGUUGGUGGUCCUAAAAACGGAGGCGAACGUACUGUUUACUUGAAAAAACCUAAAAGUAACUACCCAACCAAAAAAUUCGUUGGCAAGCGUUCAGCUAAAAGGGUAUUCGCUAAUCACAAGCGAAACACUCGGUCUAAUUUAGUACCUGGUCGAGUACUUAUCAUGUUGGCUGGUCGUCAUCAAGGUAAACGAGUUGUUUUGUUAAAAGUAUUAAGCUCCGGACUUUUACUUGUAACGGGACCAUUUUCAUUGAACUCAUGUCCACUGCGACGUGUUUCUCAACGGUAUGUAAUUGGAUGCAAAGCCCGUGUAAACUUAGGCGACUACAAACUGCCAGAACAUAUAAACGACAGUUACUUCCGUCGUUUAAAAAUUAAGAAAGAGAAGAAGACAGGAGAAGCUGACAUAUUUGCUACCACAAAAGAACGAUUUCAACCUAAUGAACAGCGGAAAAAGGAUCAAAAAGAUGUAGAUAAUGUUGUAUUAAAAGCACUAAAAACUCAUCCAGAAGGCAAAUACUUCAAAAAAUAUUUACAAAAUAUGUUUGCUCUGCAUUCAUCACAAUAUCCACAUCGUAUGAAGUUUUAAGCCUUUGUGUGCAUUGAAAAAUAUUUUUUAAUACAUGAAAUAAAUAUUUCAUAUCGAAAAUAAACUUACAAGAAAAGUAA